AUGUAUCCCACCUUCGAGUUCAACACCACCGCCGAGGAAGUUGCGACGACGUUCGCAGAACAAAUCCGGGGCAAGAAUGUGCUCAUCACCGGAACGUCGCUCAAUGGCCUCGGUUUCGAGACCGCGCGCGUCGUGGCCAAAUACGCGAAUCUGGUCAUCAUAACAGGAUACAACAAGGAGCGACUUGGUUUGACACAGGCCGAACUCCAGAGAGGAGAUCCGCGCGCCCAAAUCCGGCCGCUAGUUUUGGACCUCGCUUCGCUAAAGGACGUGCGCCGGGCGGCUGCCGAGGUCAAUUCCUACGCCGAACCCAUCCACGUCCUGAUCAACAACGCAGCCGCCGCCAUCGCAGGAUUCAAGCUCAGCGCAGACGGCUUUGAGAACCAGUUCGCCACUGAUCACCUCGGCCCAUUCCUCUUCACUGCCCUCAUCGCACCAAAGCUCCUUGCUGCGCGGACGGAGACCUUCACCCCGCGGGUCGUCUUCGUGUCCAGCUUGGCGCAUGAGUACGGAGCAGUGAAUUUCGAGACAUUGAGUAAACCCGACCCGGCGUCGUACGAUUCGUUGGGUGGCUACGCGCAAGCGAAGACUGCCAACAUCCUCACUGCUGCAGAGCUCUCGCGGCGGUCGAAAGGGAUGAUCAAGAGCUAUAGUCUGCAUCCUGGAGUCAUCUUCACGAACAUCAAUUCAACGGAGGAGAGUAUACAACAACAGAAGGAGGCGGGCAUUCUCCUGCCUGAUGGCUCGCCCAAUCCAGAGAAGUUCCGUUGGAAGUCGAUCCCGGAGGGCUCUGCGACGACUGUGGCGGCGGCGUUCGACCCGCGCCUAGAAGAUACACCGGGCGCGUAUCUGGACGAUUCGAAAGUGGCAAACGACAAGCUUUCGCCGCAUGCUGCAGAUCCCGCUGUCGCGGCCAAGCUGUGGGAAGUCACGGAGGAGCUUGUUGGUUUCAAAUUCACCUUCUGA